ACGUGCCUGGUUUUAAAUGUUUUAAUUCUUUCACAUUUUCAUCUGGAAAGCUCUUUGAAGUGAAGGACAAUUUAAUAAUCAUCGCAUACUUUUACUUUGAAACGACACCGGAAGUGACACAAUCACGGUAACAUUAGGAAGUUGCUGGGUGACAAACAAACGGGGAUAGUUUUAAAGUACAGCAGACAUGGCUGUGGACUGGAUUGGGUUCAUCUACGCUGCUCUGGUGACGACAGGAGGACUCAUAGGUUACUUUAAAGCAGGCAGCGGGGCCUCUCUGUCUGCAGGGCUGCUGUUCGGUCUGCUGGCUGCUGUCGGUGCUUUUCUGGCAUCUCAAAACCCAAAGAAUGUCUGGCUUUCUCUAGGCACCUCUGGGACUCUGGCGGUGGUGAUGGGACUGAGGUUUCUCAACUCCUGGAAGUUCAUGCCAGCUGGUUUAAUGACUUUAGCAAGUGGACUGAUGCUGGUGAAGAUCAUCGCUGGCAUGCAAAAGAAACCACAUAAAUCUUAAAAAUAUGUACAGAUGUUUUUUCAGUGUGUCAAUGCAUAUGUUUGACAUUACAAUCAAUAUUAAUGUGUGUUUCCACAUACUGUUCAUUCACAAACAUUCCCUUGUUUACUAUUACAUUCUGGUUCUGUAUAAAACAUGUGAUAUAAAAUGUGACUUUAUGAGAUAAGGUACGAGAAAGAAAAUACAUUUUUAUACAGAAAAGUCAUGUUUUUAUCUUUAAAAAAUAUAUCUGCUGUUGUAAAAUAAAAAACUUUAAUA